AUGUUCCCAGAGCACCUUGCGGUCAAGCUGGAGGGGUUAAUUGCAGCCGAAUUGCCGGGGCCGCUGAAGUGUUUUGUCGGGGCGUAUUUAGCGAUGUUUCACGGUGUCCUCAGGUGGUCCGACUUUCAACGGUCCGUCAACCUACGAUUUGGGCCAGACGGCGUGACCGCUCAGGAUGCCGCGAAGUUUACGCUGCACAGCCUGAGGCGCACCUACCCCACCCUCAUGAAACAGCUCAAACUCAGCUCUGAGGACGUUGAGGAUGCGGGCCAUUGGGCACGUGGCUCCGAGAUGGUUCGCAAGUACGAUGCGGAACUCACCGUCGGCGAGCUUAGGGCCAAAGCAGGUUCGGGUCGCGGUUGCACAGGGGUGGCGUUCGGUUCAGCGUGGGACUUUACCAGUGGAGUUCGACGUGUCGACCUCGAGAACGGCGCCGUGUGGAAGUGCUCCCU